GCAGACUUGCUAAUAAAGACUGACGCAGAAAGAGCCAAAACCCCAUUAGAUGCCACCCCAAAGGAGGGGAGACAGUCAACCCACCAAUCAAAAAGGAGAGGAGAUGUCCUUUAGAGGAGACCGGCCGCGUGUUUGUGAGAGGUGAAACACCUGCUGGCACAGAGGAUGCGUCACUGAGUGGGGACAGGGAGGGAGAAGAGAAGAGAGAGAAUAAAGAAAACGGAGUUGAGAAAAAGAGAGUCGUCGGGAGGCAGAGAUAGAUAGAAAAUAAAAAGAGAGCAAAGGAGAUUUAGAAAUAGAGACAGAGUGAAGAAUAGCAAUAAAACUACAGAGAGAGAAAGAAAGAAAGAAAGAGACCCCGUUUCAGUCUGAUAGCCUUGCUCGUACAGACGCCAGCAGCACCCCCUCCCUCCCCCUCCCUCCCUCCCUCUCACAGAAGCACCAUCACAACCCACUCUGUCUGCAUACCAGAGUACAGGAAACCCCUGGUGGCGAUGGUACAGGUACUCUAACGCUUUGCCUCGCAACUCACACCUUAUCGUUCUCACUCAAUGUCUCACUGCAGUCCUUCUUCUUCGGAGCCUUAGAACCGCGGACCAUCACCUUAUUACCUCAUUUCUCUUCUGCGACACACCGACAAACGACCACCGUCACGUCUCUCCGACCCAACAUGAGGAAGGGGCUCCAGGGAAGCCAGGCUGCUCACACAGGGCAGUGGGAAGAAAAGGAGAGGAAAGAGGAGAGGCAUCACGAGCAGCAGCAGCUGGGGAGGGCAGAGAAAAAGUUAGUAGCGUUCUGGUUGUCCUUGUCCCAGAGGACGUGGACAUUUUUCAGGCCCCGCAGUGGCGAACGCACCGGCUGCUUCCAGCGGAGCCCCUCGGCAGCUCGCCUGCUGAAGAGCGAGGCGUGAGGAGUGCGAGAGGCCAAAGGCAGUCCGUGCCAUUCUUCAGCUUCAUCCACCAUUAGCAAAAACAUUUUUUAUUUGUUAUAUUAGUAACGUUGGUUAAAGACAGAAGCACAAGAGAGAGCGACAGGUGAAGGACAAGAGGAGGGAGGGAGGUUCGUCGAAUGCCCUCUUCUUCUUUUCUGGGCUCCCUCUGGAUUCUUUACCUUAGGGAAAAGCGUUAGGCAGCAGCUGCACUGUUACUUUUAGAACAUUACGACAACAGACUGUCAUUACUUUUACUUCACGUUCAGAACAUUAAGGCAACAAACUGUGACUAAAAAGGCGUCGCGCUGCUGUCGACUGGAAGAACUUCCUGCCCUCCUCUUGUUGUCGUCAAAGCCAGGCCUCCCUCCUCGGAAGAAACUUCCACUCGCGAAACGAAACUAUAAAGUUACCAUAGACGAGAUAUUCGUGGUGGAGAUUGUUGGAGGUUAGUGUGACAAGGGGCAGGUGUCGCUCCCUAAACCCCCAGUCGUCUUCACAGGAAGAGAUGGGGUAACUGAGACCUGCUGAGACCAUGGUGGUCACCCAUCUGGAGCUGGAGCUGUGCUACCAAGGGAAGAAGCUGAGAGGCUUCACCUGUAAGCUGACCCGCUCCCCCUAUGGCUACUUGCCUGAGAGUGCCUGGCUCAUCGCAGCCCAGAUCCUACUGCCCUUCCUGGUGGCCGGCCUGGGCAUGGUGGCGGCGGGCAUAGUCAUGGACGUGGUGCAACACUGGGAGGUGUUUAAGGAGAUCACAGAGGUGUUUAUCUUGGUGCCAGCCCUGGUGGGACUGAAAGGCAACCUAGAGAUGACACUGGCAUCCAGACUGUCUACAGCAGCUAACACUGGGCAGAUGGAUGACCCGAAGCAGCAGUGGAGGAUGGUGUGUAGCAACUUGGCUCUUAUUCAGAUCCAGGCAACAGUGGUGGGUUUCCUGGCUGCGGUAGCCGCAGUGGGGUUGGGUGCGUUGACCAGGGGUCGUGUAGACUUUCUACAGGCUGCUGUCCUAUGUGGCAGUAGUGUCACGACAGCCUUUGUAGCUGCCCUGUCCUUGGGACUAGUGAUGGUGGGAGUGAUCAUUGGCUCCAGGAAGGUGGGCAUCAACCCUGACAAUGUGGCCACACCCAUCGCCGCCAGCCUGGGUGACCUCAUCACCCUCUCUCUGCUGGCCGGGAUCAGCAGCUUCCUCUUCAGGUUCAAAGAGAUGUGGUACCUGCCUGUGCUGUUGUGUGGCUUCUUCCUGGUUCUCAUCCCGCUGUGGGUGGUCAUUGCCCGGCGCUCUCCUCCAAUUAGAGAGGUCCUGAGGACUGGGUGGCAGCCCGUCAUUGUAGCCAUGUCCAUCAGCAGUAUCGGAGGCCUUAUUCUGGACAAGACCGUGAGCGACCCGAACUUUGAGGGCAUGGCGGUGUUCACCCCAGUAAUCAACGGUGUGGGAGGUAACUUGGUGGCCAUCCAGGCCAGCCGAAUCUCCACCUACCUCCACUACUGGAGCAUGCCUGGGACCCUGCCCUCCAAGAUGGCACAACACUGGCCUGGCCCCUGCCUGACCUUCUGCUCCUCAGGGGUCAACUCCAAGUCAGCCAGAGUUCUGGUCUUCCUGGUGGUUCCGGGUCACCUGCUCUUCCUCUACACCAUCCACUUACUGAAGGGCGGCCAUGGUGCCCUCACGUCUGCCUUCGUCUGCCUUUACCUGUGUGCAGCCCUGCUACAGGUGGUGAUUCUGCUGUACACGGCUGACCUGAUGGUGCGCUGGAUGUGGCGGCGGGGGCUGGACCCGGACAACUACUCUAUCCCGUACCUCACAGCUCUGGGGGACCUGUUGGGGACCGGCUUCCUGGCCCUGACAUUCAGAGCCGUUCUAUUGGGCAUUUCCUCUGGGAUGAAGGGGGUUUGAGAGAAGGGGCUAAUCCAUCAGCCUAUUUCUGUCCAACAUGGUCUUAUUGAAAACAUUAAAAUAGAGACAUUUAGCUAUUGUAGUUAUAUGUCAGUUAUGCUGACGUAUUAUAUGUUGUUCUGUUCAUCCAUAAGCAACUCUGUUCAGGUCAUAUUUAAGUGAUAAUGCCCCGAGAAGCCAAUGUUCAGAGGAUAUAUUGGCAGGGAUGUUGUUAGGCUCGAGACGAAAUGCCACUACAUCCUCCAAACACCGGCUUCGAGGACAUUAUCACUUUUAUACAACAGGUUACCAACAUAUUCAUAUAAUGAUUGACAUAUAUUCAUUAACAAUGUAAUUUUUAUGAAUUUAUUCAUACCAUUUCAUCCUUCCACAAGAUAUAAUCCGGACACAAAUCUAAAGUUGCUACCCAAGCUGUUCUAUCGGUUCAGUUGCCAGAGACGCGACCCAGUCGUUCGUUCUAAAUGUUCCACUGCCAUACUGGCUGGCAACGUUCUUAUCCCUUGUUUGCUAGCUAGCCAAUUAGUACUAAUUUACGGUCACGUCAAAAAGUGCUGCCAGAACAACAGCAAAGUAGCUGCAUUUGCAUUUGUUUAAGCUGUUUUCAAAAUACAUUUAUUUGGUUACAUCCAUAACAAUAAGCUAAUGAGGCACGAUUUCCCCUGACAUAGAAAAUGUGCUCACUCGUCAGGCCACUGUUGUUCAGAGGAGCUAGCCAACAACACAGCUAACACAAUCACUUCAAACUGAAGCUGGAAAGCCUGAAAACUAGCUGCACUUGGUUUCAUUUGACCUUGUUUCAAUUUACAUUUAUUUGUAUAUAACCAUAAAAUGAUGCCAGCUGAUUCAUGAUUUCGACUGGCUAAGAAACGCUGCCCGUCUCGUCCCGUUCAUUACUAUGGGACAGCUGAUGAUCAAAUUUGAAUAUUGAAACAAUAUUGCAAAAUGUCGGAGAGAGACAGCAAGGUUUAUACAAAUCUCCGCUGUUGAAAACGAAAUGUUAGUCUAAAAGAAAUGUGAGAUCAUGUCUAGAUGCUUUUUAUAGUGGAGAUCAAGUUUAUAAAUUGCUUGGCUGGGUUGAUGAGACAAUGGAUUGCGCAGUCAGAAGGUAAGGAGUAAAUAGACAUUUUAACUUUAUAUCUGUCAGAUUUAGCCAGUGGUAACUUGUGGAAUAGACACAGGCUGGAAUGCUGUUUUAACCAAUCAGCAUUCAGGAUUAGACCCACCCGUUGUAUAAACUACUGUAUGCAAGUGGCUGGAUUUAAGAAGUGAGGGAGAAAAGAUUCAACAACAUAGCUUACCGACAACCACCAAGCUUGACUUCACAUAGUCUUAAGUCUCCGAUAACGAAUGAAUGCUGCUGGGCCUCCCAAGUGGCUAGCGAUCUAAGGCACUGCAUCACUACAGAUCCUGGUUCGAUCCCAGGCUGUGUCGCAGCCGGCCGCGACCGGGAGACCCAUGAGGCAGUGCACAAUUGGCCCAGCAUCGUCCUGGUUAGGGGAGGGUUUGGCCAGCCGAGGUGUCCUUGUCCCAUUGCGCUCAAGCUCUGACGCAAUGCAUGCUGACACGGUCUCCAGGUGUUUCUUCCGACACAUUGGUGUGGUUGGCUUCUGGGUUAAGCAAGCAGUGUGUCAAGAAGCAGUGCGGCUUGGCGGGGUCGUGUUUCGGAAGAUGCACGACUCUUGACCUUCACCUCUCCCGAGUCUGUACGGCAGUUGCAGCGAUGGGAAAAGAAAAUAAAUAUUAUUUUAAAAAAUAAAUAAAAAUAAUGCUGCUAAGGGAGUACCUGUAUACUGUAACUCGAUAUGCUUUGAGCACCCAAUAACCAUAUAGAUGCUAACUGUUGAGAAGUGCUCUGAUGUCUGUAAAUGCUUCAUAGUAAACUGGCAAAUGCACUGUACUGAAGCAAUAAUGUUGUCUGUACUUGUUUUGUUGACUGUCUAUACAUUUAUAUUCAUGCUCAAAAAUUGUCACAACUGCACUCUCUGGACGUACACAAUAUUAAUCAAUAGAUGACAUAGGUUGUAUCCAGUGUCACAAUUUCAAUGAUCAAGCACUGCUAUUUUCAAUUGUGCCUUCAACCCAUUACUGUACAAGCUAGAGGAGUCAUGAUGCUUAUUCGUCAGUUAGUCUGUCACAUUUAAUUGGUUUAAAAGUUAAUGUUUGUAUCUAAGACAUACCACUGCUUGACAUUGCUCACAUUUCCCAAUGAUAUUUUUUUUUGUGCAUAAAAUAAGUGUUAUGAUUUCUCUUCAAAUAAAUGGGCCCUUUUAAAUAAAUGAAUACGCACUUUUAAAUACAGGCUUCAAUCAUAUUAGCUGUUCUGCAUUGAGCAUGACACUAUGACUUCCAUAAAAGAUAUCAAUUGUAUAGAAUCGUACUUCAAAUUGUACAGGACCCAUGUUGACUUAGUAUGUAUGCUAAUGACUCAUCUGACUAGAUCAUACCUAGAGCAGGUUAUUUUAGUAACACAAUUACUUUGUUUCAAUGUGUUCCUUUGUUGGAAUAAAACCAUUCACAUACAA